CCCAGAAUAUCGAUCAGGAGAGCGACCGAAGCCAAUUCGCCAUGACGAUAAUCUACGUCCGGAAGGAGACUUCGAGCGUCCAGAGAAGUCGCCAUUCAGACCUGCUGAGCGUCCGAAGCAGGUUCGUCCCGACGAUAAUCUGCGUCCGGAAGGAGACUUCGAGCGUCCAGAGAAGUCACCUUUCAGACCUGCUGAGCGACCAAAGCAGGUUCGUCCAGAGGAUAAUCUGCGCCCUGAAGGAGAAUUCACAUCGCCAGAAAAGCCUCAAUACAGACCUGCUGAGCGACCGAAGCAAAUCAAACCUGAGGAUAAUCUGCGUCCGGAAGGCGACUUCCAAACUCCCGAGCGCCCAGAAUAUCGAUCAGGAGAGCGACCGAAGCCAAUUCGCCAUGACGAUAAUCUACGUCCGGAAGGAGACUUCGAGCGUCCAGAGAAGUCGCCAUUCAGACCUGCUGAGCGUCCGAAGCAGGUUCGUCCCGACGAUAAUCUGCGUCCGGAAGGAGACUUCGAGCGUCCAGAGAAGUCACCUUUCAGACCUGCUGAGCGACCGAAGCAGGUUCGUCCAGAGGAUAAUCUGCGUCCGGAAGGAGACUUUGACAAGCCUCAGAAGCCAGAAUAUCGAUCAGCUGAGCGGCCGAAACAACCAAUUCGUCCCGACGAUAAUCUGCGUCCAGAAGGUGACUUCGAGCGUCCAGAGAAGUCACCAUUCAGACCUGCCGAGCGACCGAAGCAGGUUCGCCCAGAGGAUAAUCUGCGCCCUGAAGGAGAAUUCACAUCGCCAGAAAAGCCUCAAUACAGACCUGCUGAGCGACCGAAGCAAAUCAAACCUGAGGAUAAUCUGCGUCCGGAAGGCGACUUCCAAACUCCCGAGCGCCCAGAAUAUCGAUCAGGAGAGCGACCGAAGCCAAUUCGCCAUGACGAUAAUCUACGUCCGGAAGGAGACUUCGAUCGUCCAGAGAAGUCGCCAUUCAGACCUGCUGGGCGUCCGAAGCAGGUUCGUCCAGAGGAUAAUCUGCGUCCGGAAGGAGACUUUGACAAGCCUCAGAAGCCAGAAUAUCGAUCAGCUGAGCGGCCGAAACAAGUGCGACCUCAGGAUAAUCUCAAACCUGAGGGAGAUUUCGAAAGACCACAACCUACAGUCGUUGGAAAAGCUGAACGAGCUCAAAUCAUUCGUCAUGAAGAUAACCUUUACAUGGAAGGAAACUUUGAGCGCACUGAGAAAACUGUCUUUAUUGCUGGAGAGCGGCCGAAGCCAAUUCGUCCCGACGAUAAUCUGCGUCCAGAAGGUGACUUCGAGCGUCCAGAGAAGUCACCAUUCAGACCUGCUGAGCGACCGAAGCAGGUUCGUCCAGAGGAUAAUCUGCGCCCUGAAGGAGAAUUCACAUCGCCAGAAAAGCCUCAAUACAGACCUGCUGAGCGACCGAAGCAAAUCAAACCUGAGGAUAAUCUGCGUCCAGAAGGCGACUUCCAGACUCCUGAGCGCCCAGAAUAUCGAUCAGGAGAGCGACCGAAGCCAAUUCGUCCCGACGAUAAUCUACGUCCGGAAGGAGACUUCGAGCGCCCAGAGAAGUCGCCAUUCAGACCUGCUGAGCGUCCGAAGCAGGUUCGUCCCGACGAUAAUCUGCGUCCAGAAGGAGAUUUCGAGCGUCCAGAGAAGUCACCAUUCAGACCUGCCGAGCGACCGAAGCAGGUUCGCCCAGAGGAUAAUCUGCGCCCUGAAGGAGAAUUCACAUCGCCAGAAAAGCCUCAAUACAGACCUGCUGAGCGACCGAAGCAAAUCAAACCUGAGGAUAAUCUGCGUCCGGAAGGCGACUUCCAGACUCCUGAGCGCCCAGAAUAUCGAUCAGGAGAGCGACCGAAGCCAAUUCGUCCCGACGAUAAUCUACGUCCGGAAGGAGACUUCGAGCGCCCAGAGAAGUCGCCAUUCAGACCUGCUGAGCGUCCGAAGCAGGUUCGUCCCGACGAUAAUCUGCGUCCAGAAGGAGAUUUCGAACGUCCAGAGAAGUCACCAUUCAGACCUGCAGAGCGACCGAAGCAGGUUCGUCCAGAGGAUAAUCUGCGUCCUGAAGGAGAAUUCACAUCGCCAGAAAAGCCUCAAUACAGACCUGCUGAGCGACCGAAGCAAAUCAAACCUGAGGAUAAUCUGCGUCCGGAAGGCGACUUCCAAACUCCUGAGCGCCCAGAAUAUCGAUCAGGAGAGCGACCGAAGCCAAUUCGCCAUGACGAUAAUCUACGUCCGGAAGGAGACUUCGAGCGUCCAGAGAAGUCGCCAUUCAGACCUGCUGAGCGUCCGAAGCAGGUUCGUCCGGAUGAUAAUCUGCGUCCGGAAGGAGACUUCGAGCGUCCAGAGAAGUCACCUUUCAGACCUGCUGAGCGACCGAAGCAGGUUCGUCCAGAGGAUAAUCUGCGUCCGGAAGGAGACUUUGACAAGCCUCAGAAGCCAGAAUAUCGAUCAGCUGAGCGGCCGAAACAAGUGCGACCUCAGGAUAAUCUCAAACCAGAGGGAGAUUUCGAAAGACCACAACCUACAGUCGUUGGAAAAGCUGAACGAGCUCAAAUCAUUCGUCAUGAAGAUAACCUCUACAUGGAAGGAAACUUUGAGCGUACUGAGAAAACUGUCUUUAUUGCUGGAGAGCGGCCGAAGCCAAUUCGUCCCGACGAUAAUCUGCGUCCAGAAGGAGACUUCGAGCGUCCAGAGAAGUCACCAUUCAGACCUGCUGAGCGACCGAAGCAGGUUCGUCCAGAGGAUAAUCUGCGCCCUGAAGGAGAAUUCACAUCGCCAGAAAAGCCUCAAUACAGACCUGCUGAGCGGCCGAAGCAAAUCAAACCUGAGGAUAAUCUGCGUCCGGAAGGCGACUUCCAGACUCCUGAACGCCCAGAAUAUCGAUCAGGAGAGCGACCGAAGCCAAUUCGCCAUGACGAUAAUCUACGUCCGGAAGGAGACUUCGAGCGUCCAGAGAAGUCGCCAUUCAGACCUGCUGAGCGUCCGAAGCAGGUUCGUCCCGACGAUAAUCUGCGUCCGGAAGGAGACUUCGAGCGUCCAGAGAAGUCACCUUUCAGACCUGCUGAGCGACCGAAGCAGGUUCGUCCAGAGGAUAAUCUGCGUCCGGAAGGAGACUUUGACAAGCCUCAGAAGCCAGAAUAUCGAUCAGCUGAGCGGCCGAAACAAGUGCGACCUCAGGAUAAUCUCAAACCAGAGGGAGAUUUCGAAAGACCACAACCUACAGUCGUUGGAAAAGCUGAACGAGCUCAAAUCAUUCGUCAUGAAGAUAACCUCUACAUGGAAGGAAACUUUGAGCGUACUGAGAAAACUGUCUUUAUUGCUGGAGAGCGGCCGAAGCCAAUUCGUCCCGACGAUAAUCUGCGUCCAGAAGGAGACUUCGAGCGUCCAGAGAAGUCACCUUUCAGACCUGCUGAGCGACCGAAGCAGGUUCGUCCAGAGGAUAAUCUGCGUCCUGAAGGAGAAUUCACAUCGCCAGAAAAGCCUCAAUACAGACCUGCUGAGCGACCGAAGCAAAUCAAACCUGAGGAUAAUCUGCGUUCGGAAGGAAAAUUCCAGGCUCCCGAGCGUCCAGAAUACCGUACAGGCGAGCGGCCUAAACCAAUUCGCCCCGAUGAUAAUCUGCGUCCAGAAGGGGACUUUGAACGUCCCGAAAAGUCUCCCUUUAAACCUGCUGAGCGACCGAAGCAGAUUAAGCCUGAGGACAAUUUGAAAACAGAAGGAGAAUUUUCAACACCGCAGAAACCUCAAUUCAAACCAGCUGAAAGACCGAAGCAAAUUAAGCCACAAGAUAACUUGAAGCCUGAGGGAGAUUUCGAUCGGCCUAAGCCUGUCGAAAGUAUCGGAAAGGGAGAUCGGGCUCAAAUUGUGAAACAUGCGGAUAAUCUGCGCGUAGAGGGUACUUUUGAAAGGGUAGAGAAAACCGUUUAUGUUUCAGGGGAGCGACCAAAACCCAUUAAGCCGGACGAUAACCUACGUCCAGAGGGAGAGUUUUCGACGCCCGAAAAGCAAACGUUCCGGCCUGCAGAACGACCAAAACAAAUCAAACCACAGGACAAUCUCCGACCAGAAGGUGAUUUUGAUCGGCCACAAAAGUCGGUUGCCGGACCAGGCGAGAGGCCGAAGCCGAUCAAACAUGAUGACAACCUGCGUCCCGAAGGUACUUUCGAAAGACCGGAAAAGGCUCAAUUUAAACCUGCAGAACGACCGAAGCAAAUUCGUCCUGAAGAUAAUCUGCGCACCGAAGGUGAAUUCGAGAAGCCACAGAAAUCACAGUUCCAGCCAGCGGAGCGUCCAAAACAGGUGAAGCCACAGGACAAUCUUCAAAUUGAGGGCGAUUAUAAUUCUUUCAAGGAGUACACUGAACAGAAACAACGCAAGGAAGCGAUACUGAAGGAGGUACAUGAACCAACCAUUGCCGAUGGAGCCGUGCUCGUGACAACACAAACGGUUACCACCAUUUUAAAGGGAGACAAGAAACAACCAACCGGAAGACAGACUACUACUACUGAGGUACAGGAUCAAUCCAAUCAUUCUGAGGAAAGCUUCGCUCACAGUCGUAACGAGAACAUCCAGCACCAUCGAAGUGAGCACAUCACUAGCUCCAACGCCCUGACUAGGGCACAACACGUUGAAUCUAGUGUCAACGAACAUGAUCGCCUCACGCAACGAUCCACAACGAACCAAACCCAAUCGAUUCAUGACGUUUCGGGCCGAAAUAUUGCCGAAUCGAAGACCAACCACAGCCACCGACAGAUGGUCAAUGGAUCGACGGUUGUGAGCGGAGUUUCUCAAGAACAGCGUACACAGCACAGCGUACAGUCAUCGUCGUCCAGUUCCAAGAUCCAUCACACAAGCUCCUCGAUGCAGCAACAACAGUCCACAAUCAGUGACACGCAGCAUCUUCACGGUACUCACUCGCAGCAUCUUAACGUCCAGCAUGGCGAACCCACCGUUCAGCGUCAUUCACGAGAACAAGUAACUGGUUCCCAGACGUCCUCAACCAGCAGUAAGGUGGUUGUAGAUGGAAAAGUUAUCACAGAUAAGUCAGCAUCCAACAGACACGCUACCGAGAAACUGGCUGUCGAUGGUGUCGUAGUAACGGACAAGAGCUUCACAGAGCGACAGCAAAGUGGUUUUGAUGGAAUGGACAGCAUCCAACAGGCACAUUACACCAGCGGUCAAACUGUGCACGAUUCCAGUGCUACUAACAUCGGAAGUAGCUCGACGAAGCGCGCGCAAAAUCAGGCCAUUCGAUCUACAACAAACAACAUUACCAACCUGGAAGGUACCAAUGGCGUUCACAAGGGAUCCCAGCGCAAUGGAACCGCUCAUAGCCAAGCGUCCACGGUCGACCAUGCUACGGAAACUCAGGUUAAGAAACUGGUCGGUGGUAAAUGGGUUACGAAGACGAUCAAGACUGAGAGUAAAGCAAGCAACCAGCAGCAGCACCAACAGCAAGGAAAGGUGCACGAUGUUUCAUCUCAUCGUCAACAGGGAGUGCUUACCGGUCAGAUAUCGGUAGCUGAACAGAACAAACUAAAUCAACAACAUAGCUCGAUUGGUACCUCGUCCGAUCAGCAUACUCGCAGCUCCGCACACCACAUAUCGGUAGCGGAACAAAACAAAUUGAACCAGCAGCACAGUUCGAUCGGUACCUCUUCGGAAGUGCAUGCUCAUAGCAGCUCGUCGACUUCUAGCUCUUCGGUUGUGAAAUCACAUUCAAGCAGUAAGAUGGUUAGCGAAAAGGUAGUUCAACGUGGAACUACCGAGAGCGUAGUUUCGGCGGCCGGAUCACCCUCGGGUCGUACCGGAGCUCGCGGAGGAUCCAGCAUCGUACUGGGAGAAUCCACCGUUGACAGCGCUUCAUCGCGACGCGCGGCACAGCAGCAAUCAUCUACCACCACGAAACUAAUCGGCGGUAAACUCGUGCAAGUUGCCUCGUCUAACGAUACCAGCAACAACACGUCCAGCACGGCGGGUAAGUCAUCCGGCGUGACAUCUACAUCCAGCACAUCCAGCAACGUUCAUCAUUCCGCAACCAACGAUCAAUCAUCGACCUCGACGAAGAGUUCCUCGUCGAGCGUGAUGAAGUCGAGCAAGGUUGAAUCCAGCAGCACGGCCGCUUCAUCCACUACAAGUGGCCAACAGCAGCACCAUCGCAAGAACACGUUCGCCUCCACGGAGAACGUUAAUAAUGCCAUUCUGUGCCGACCAGCGCAGGGACCGGUGGCGACAACGACCGGUAUCGCGCUGCAUGCCACGAACGGCAGUGCCAGCAGCAUGAGCGUCUCCGGAUACAACCAGCGCAAGAGCAUCUCGAACCUCAACGAUAGCGCCAUGUACGCGACGACGAACCGGACCAGCUACAGCUCGUUGCAUCGACGCGGAAAGGAAUCGACCGAGGCAAGAAUGCAGAACUACGUGAAAGCCGUCGAGACGGAUACCAUCGUUGGUCGGACGGUUAGAGGACAAGCCUGCCCUCCACCAUCGCUGGCAGGGCUCGGUCUGGGCAGUAGCACUAUCGGUACCAGCCACGGCAUGAAAGGUAGCAGCAACACCAGCACAUCGGUAACCACGAGCAGUUCGACGGCGUCGAACAAUCAGAAGACUCUUCGCGAUUACCAUACCGCUAUGAACGUCUCGCGAAGCUCCACGAAAGCCAACGCUUCCAGCAUUUCGUUUGGCGAUGAUAAGUUCCAUGGAUCGAGCUCCUACAAGGUGCAGUACAUCCAGCAACACGAAGGACGUUGCCCCGCGGCCGUACACGACAAUCUGAAGCUGUCCAAAGUCACCAAGCAACACACGUACUACGUCCGGGACCAGAAGUAGAUGACGAAGACGAAUGGAAUGGCCGUAGAUGGGUCGUCUCUAAUCGCAUUUUAUCUUUUCAUACCCAUUUACAUCUACAUCGCAUAUGUUUAUGUCCCAGUGUUUAGCUAUAAUGUUAUCCAAAUUGCAACGACUAAUUGCUACAACGAAAAAAUGCUCGUGAGAAAGACUUAUUAUUGAGGACAUGUUUAUUUGAUUUUUACAACCAUACUAUUCGCAAUCAUUAACGGUUUAGGAGUAUCAAAACGCAAUACAUUUUAUAUCUUACGCUUUUUUUUAAAUAAAGAUUUGUA